AGAUAACCGAACCUCCUCAGCUGACGUUUUUCAAUCCUUUUUGUCCUUCCACCGUUUCUCCGACCAAAAUCCUUAAGCUCCUUUGAAAGAUUCGAUCUUUAAUCCUCAAAGUUUUGAUAUGAGAUGAUUUCAUCAUUCCAUUUCCGAUUACCAGUUCAUCAACUUCUAAUAUGCAACAAUUAUUGUCUCCCACAAUCUCGUAUCCAUCUCCCUUUUUCCAUAUAACUUCCAGUCCUUUCCCUCCAAAACCCCACUCUUUUCUUAGGGAAAGGUUGAGCUUUUACACCCCACCAAAAAUGGCUUCUUUUUCCGGGUUUUUAGCCAAGGCGCAGAUGGAAAUGACUUCUGUUGGUUAUGGUGGAAAUGGGAUUUCUUCGCUGAUGGAUUAUGUUGGGAAAGGUGGACUAGAUGUGGGAGAUGACUUAGUUGUUUUGCUUUACCAUUUACAAUUUGCUUGCAAGAGAAUUGCUGCUCUUGUGGCUUCUCCCUUUAAUUCUGCUCUCGCCAAACAUUCAGCUCUCUCCGGAGCCGCUUCUUCUGAUAGGGAUAAGCCGAAACCGCUUGAUCUUGUGGCAAAUGAAAUCAUGUUGUCAUCUCUUAGAAAUUCAGGUAAAGCUUCAGUCAUGGCAUCAGAGGAAGAUGAUGGUCCAAUUUGGAUCAAUGAUGAUGGUCCCUUUGUGGUGGUAUUGGAUCCCCUCGAUGGUUCUCGAAAUAUAGAUGCUUCCAUUCCUACUGGAACAAUCUUUGGGAUAUAUAACAGGCUCACGGAGCUCGAUAAUCAACCUGUGGAAGAGAAGGCAUUGCUUAAUUCGCUACAGAGCGGGACGAAGCUCGUAGCUGCCGGCUAUGUCCUCUAUUCAUCUGCCACGAUUCUAUGUGCUAGCUUUGGCUCGGGGACACAUGCAUUUACCUUGGAUCAUUCAACAGGAGACUUUAUUCUCACACAUCCUAGCAUUAGAAUUCCGCCUCGAGGCCAAAUAUAUUCUGUCAACGAUGCGCGGUAUUUCGAUUGGCCUGAAGGUCUAAGGCAAUAUAUUGAUACAGUGAGACAAGGCAAAGGCAAAUACCCAAAGAAAUAUUCAGCUCGCUAUAUAUGUUCGUUGGUUGCUGAUUUCCAUAGGACUCUCUUGUAUGGUGGAAUAGCAAUGAAUCCAAGGGAUCAUCUGCGACUGGUUUACGAGGCAAGUCCUCUCAGUUUUCUUGCGGAGCAAGCUGGAGGAAAAGGUUCGGAUGGUAAACGUAGAAUUCUUUCGAUCCAACCAGUGAAAUUGCAUCAAAGAUUGCCUCUCUUUUUGGGUAGCUGUGAAGAUAUAGAUGAGUUGGAAAGUUAUGGAGAUGUUCAACAGAAAGUAAACCCUGGAUAUGAAGUUUGAUCACUUUGUUCUCUUGAACAGUUUGUCACUUGUUUUGCAUUGUUAAAUACUUUUUCCCGAGAAUCGUAACCCAGAGAUGACAAAUACGAAAUAAAUCAUCUUCGAAUCUUGGAUGUUAGCUCAGUCGGUUCAUGUAAUCAUCGUUAAAGUUCAACAUUCGGUAGGUUUGGAGUUUGAAUAUCAGCAUACAGCAAUC